UUAAAGAAAUUUGUACUAUUGAAGGUAGGCUUUCCCGAAGUUUUGCAGAAUGAUUUGUUGUAAAGGGUUCAUUUAGGACCAUUCGUAUUGUUUUGAUACUGAAUAAGGCUACAUCAUGGAUGUCGUCAAUCUCAUUGACCGCACACACGACGUAAUGUGUCACCAUGUAGGUAAACAAAAGAGCGUCGUACAGUGAUAAUGUGGUGACGGUACUGUCAGGCGUAGGUACCUCGGAGGAGAUGCGCGUCAGGGCUCACAGCUCCACGGGCUCCAGACUGCGGCGCCCGAGGGCCAGUCGGGACGCACACGGCGCGACUGCAGCACGCCUCCCCUCCACCGCGCGACGCGCGAACACCGCUUAUCUCUUAUCAUAAUAAAAAUGAUACAUCAAAUUACCUCACUAGUACUCAGAUAAUGAACACUCCAGCAGUGAUAAUAACGCCUUCAGUACCGAUUUGAUUCGAUUUUACGAUACUAAUUUUCGGGAGAUUUUCUUAUUUUGUUACUUUCCUGAAACGAGUAUGAGCGCGUGCAUAGAACUUUAGAUGCAAAGUGACAAAGUUUCUGUGACUGUAUUCGUGUGAUGCUAAAAAUGAAACCGAUAUUGUUAGCGGUGACCUGCACGCUGGUGUUCAUGAGUAUCGAGUGUACUCCCUGCUCCAGGGUGCAGAGCGUGGACAUAACUGAUGGAGUGAAGUACGAGAAUUCUUCUAUUGUAUACGAUGGGACAGAGUAUAAGUCUGGUACGUGGUAUGAGCUGGAGGAGAACGGCACGGCCCUCGUGUUAGGGUGUCCCUGUAUUGGAAGGAAGUGUUUGCAUCGAUGUUGUAGUCCCGGGAGUGCGUUUGUGCAGGGACAGUGUGCGGAGACUGACGCGAGUGCUAUAAACCCUUUCAACCCGCCCGUGUACAACGGGAAGGUGGUGUCGAGCGUGCAGGCGCAUCAGCACUUCUUCUACCUGUACCAGCGACCCUGCAUCGACAGCUACUUGGUGGACUCGGCCGCAGCUGGCGAAGAGCUUUAUAUUCAACAGAAUGGCACACUGUUCGAGGUAUCUACAGGAGGACCAAUAUGGCAUGACCCCGGCUCCUAUUGCGUGGAAAUGUAUUUCAACGAGAACAGUUCCGAAGCUGGCCGGCUGGUAGCCGGCGUCUGUUUUGAAGAUGUGGUCACGGAUGACAGUCCUGUUCUCUACACUGCGUAUGCUGUUGGUUUAAUCCUGUCAGUGCCGUUUCUGCUGGCUACAUUCCUGAUCUAUGCAUUUAUUCCUGAGCUGCGGAACCUGCACGGCAUGUGUCUGAUGGCGUACUGCGGCGGUCUCAUCGUGGCCUACCCGUUCCUGGCUUAUCUCAAGCUCCAUGUUGGCAGAGUAGGCGUCGCCAUGACAGGCUGCUUAGUUGUUGCGUUCAUCGUUUACUACGCAUUCCAAACGAGUUUCUUCUGGCUCAACGUCAUGUGUUUCGAUAUAUGGAGGACUUUCAGAUCAGCCACGCCGUGUCAGAUGGGUUGCAGCAGCCACCUUGGCUAUCGGGGAGGCAGCACGAACAAGCGGCGGGAGAGAAGGCGGUUCCUUCUGUACGGGCUGUACGCGUGGGGAGUGCCUCUUGUCCUCACUGGACUCACGGCGGCCAUGCAGUUCAGUGACCUGCCCAACCACAUCAUCAAACCUGGCUUUGGGACUAAACGAUGCUGGUUUGUUGACUGGGUGAGCGAUCUGGUGUACUUCUUCACUCCGGUCCUAGUGCUAGUCGUGUGCAACGUGACAUUUUUCGCCGUGACUGCCCACCGCAUUCGCUCCAUCAGACAAGAGACAGCCAUCUUGAAAGGCGCCGAGUCCUCGCGCAGUGACAAGCUUAAGAAAGAUAAACAGAGGUACGGCCUCUAUCUAAAGCUGUUCAUGGUGAUGGGAGUGAACUGGUCAGUGGAGCUGAUCAGCUUCGCAGUAGGCGGCUCCAACUGGUACUGGAUCGUCACUGAUAUAUCCAACAUAGGGCUUGGUGUAUUUGUUUUCUUCAUUUUCGUGUGGAAGAAGAAAGUGCGCAACUUGGUGCAAAAGAGAUUCCGCAACAUAUUCGGUCUGGAGUCGACGGAGAGCGACACACGAGCGGGCAAGUGGAACACAACCAGCACAGCGCCGACAGAAGACACGCGCAUAUCGUCAGACGACUCAGCACUGCGUCUCAAAGAUAUGCACUAAGUUAUUGUGAGUAACCCUCAUUCCAGAACAUGACAUCAUGCUAGCACCAAAGAAUUCUCAUGAACACACGGAUGCAUCACAAUACAAAAUCGCUAGUCAAUUCAUUGAAAAUUAUAUUCACAAUGUAGUACAACGCUCUAGAUGUGUAAUUAAUAAGAUUUAAUUAAGUUUAAUAGUAUUAAGUACUUUAAUUUAAUAUUUCUUUGUAAUAAAAAGUCAUGAUUGCUACGUGCAUUUAUUUUUGGUACCAAAACCAAACUAUAUAAUUAUUAUUAAAAUGAUUAUGAAUAUAAUUGUAGAAUUCAUCCAUUGUUAAGUUACCUCCGCGACUCCACCUACUUAUUUUGAUAAAUAUUAAAUUAUAUACCUACCUAUUAAUGUAUUUUGAAUAAAAUGUUAUUUACCUGUAGAUAAUGUAUACGUUUGAAUAAGCUUUUUUUGAAUAAUAAAUAAGUACCUAGUUAUUAAUUUUUAAAGAUUUUCAAAGUAAAGCCUUUUUAAAUGCCAAGCAUCGUACUCUCUUCGGAAUUCGCUAAGUAAAUAGAUAUGGUCUACAAAUUCAUGUUUUUAAUGUAGGAGCAAAGUUCGCCAGAAUUAUGAAGCAAAUAGAAUUAAGUACCUACCAAACUGCUUUGUAAUCUAAUACUUUGCUAGGUUUAAGGAUUCGUGCCUGCUUCUGAUAGCUAUGGAGUUCAGUACAAAAAAGAUACCUAUACUUUGCGGUUUUCACAUGUGUUUGUUUGUACCUUAAACGUUCCGAAACUACUGAACUAAUUUGAAAAAAUCUUUCACAGUUGGAAAGCACACACUGUUCCCUAUCACUAUUCGGGUAGUUGUUUCUACGGGACUCGGGUAAAACCACGGGAAACAGUUAGUACCUACCUACUAACUACGAGUAGGUACCUACGUAAUAUAAAUACAGUGUUAGUAACUUUUGGACUAAAUGUUAUUUAAUUAAAUAAUGAAAAUGAUAUAGGUAAAUGUGUUACUUUGCAAAAUAUAUGUAUGGUAUAAGAACUGA